CUAGAAAAGGAUAGCAGCAGCAAGCGUCCUCUGAACUGUGGGGCCCCCAGGGAACUAUGCUCCUGGCCUGGGAGGCGCUGAGAUGUACAGAGCGGGGGACACAGUGGAGCGCCCGCCACCGGGGACGGCACCCCCUCGCCUGAGGAGUGUGGAGGUCGCCAGAGGGAGAGCAGGCUACGGGUUCACCCUUUCCGGCCAGGCGCCCUGCGUGCUCAGCUGUGUCAUGAGAGGGAGCCCCGCCGAUUUUGUGGGCCUCCGUGCCGGAGACCAGAUACUCGCUGUCAAUGAAAUCAACGUGAAGAAAGCGUCGCAUGAGGACGUGGUUAAACUCAUCGGGAAAUGCUCCGGGGUCCUGCACAUGGUGGUGGGCGAAGGCCUCGGUCACCUGGAGUCUUGCUCCAGCGACGAGGAGGUGGGCUUCUAUGACGGGAAGGGCUGGCGGAAGCCCAGACUCGAUUCCAAAGCGCUGGGCAUCAACAGAGCCGAGAGAGUCGUGGAGGACAUGCAGUCGGGGGGGAUUUUCAGCAUGAUCUUCGAAAACCCUCGUCUGCAUGCGAGCAGCUCAGAGCCCUCCAAACUGAAGCACAGGUCGCUCUCGGAGUCGGCGGCUGCGCGAUUCGACCCGGGGCAGGAAAGUGUAGGCGGCCCGCAGCCCGGCCUGCUUCCCAAGGAGAUCGCACACGUUAUCAACGACGACUCGGUUUUCAGUGUUGGACUAGAGAAUCAGGACGAGUUUGGGUUAGAUGCAAGUAUUUUAAACGUCGCCAUGGUCGUCGGCUAUUUGGGUUCCAUCGAACUUCCUUCCACGAGCUGCAGCCUGGAGGCCGACAGCUUCCAGGCCAUUCGCGGCUGCCUGCGGCGCCUGCGGGCCGAGCAGAAGAUCCACUCCCUGGUGACCAUGAAGAUCAUGCACGAUGGCGUGCAGCUGUGCACCGACAAGGCCGCCGUGCUGGCCGAGUACCCCGCCGAGAAGCUGGCCUUCAGCGCCGUGUGCCCCGACGACCGCCGGUUCUUCGGGCUUGUGACCAUGCAGAGCAGCGACGACGGCAGCCUGGCGCGGGAGGGCGAGGGCGUCUUGCGGACUUCCUGCCACGUGUUCAUGGUGGACCCAGACUUGUUCAAUCACAAGAUCCACCAAGGCAUCGCCCGGCGGUUCGGGUUUGAGUGCACAGCUGACCCUGACACCAAUGGCUGCCUGGAAUUCCCGGCGUCCUCCCUGCCGGUCCUCCAGUUCAUCUCUGUGCUGUACCGGGACAUGGGCGAGCUGAUCGAGGGUGUGCGCGCCCGGGCCUUCGCGGACGGGGAUGCCGAUGCCCACCAGAACACCAGCACCAGCAGCAACAGCGACAGUGGCAUUGGGAAUUUCAACCAGGAGGAGAGAAACAGCCGGGUGCUUGUGGUCGACCUGGGCGCCAGUUCCAGCAGACACGGCCCCAGCAGCAGCACCUGGGAGGGGGCAGGGGGGAGGGGCUCCCAGCCUUGGGCCACCCCCUGGAAUGGGGCCUUUUGCCACGAUCCUGAGGCAGGGCCCCCAUUUGAAGCUGCUCCACAGGCUGACAGGGGCUGGGACUUUAGUAAGCAUUUGGGGCCCACUUCUCACGUGGAGGUCCCCCCAACCCCCUUGCGGAGUUCGGUCCCGCCUUCCAAGAGAGGCGCUGUGGGCCCUGGCGGUGGGUUCAGCCAGCGGUGGCUUCCGGUUCACGUCCUGCAGGAGUGGCAGUGCGGACACGCCAGUGACCAGGAGUCUUACACGGACUCCACUGACGGGUGGUCCAGCGUCAACUGCGGCACGCUGCCCCCUCCCAUGAGCAAGAUCCCCGCUGACCGCUACCGGCUGGAGGGCAGCCUGGCGCAGCCCCUGCUGAGCACCCAGAAGAGGGACUGGUCCAGGAAGGCGUUUGGGAUGCAGAACAUUUUUGGUCCCCAUCGAAACGCUAGGAAGACUAAGGAAGACAAAAAGGGCUCAAAAUUUGGGCGGGGACUUGGUCUCGCUCAGACUUCACAGCGCACCUCUGCGCGGAGAUCGUUCGGAAGAUCCAAGAGAUUUAGUGUCACUCGCUCCCUUGAUGACCUAGAGUCUGCAACUGUGUCUGACGGCGAGCUGAACGGUGCUGACCUGAAGGACUGCGUGAGCAACCACAGCCUGAGCAGCAAUGCCAGCCUCCCCAGCGUGCAGAGCUGCAGGCGCCUGCGCGAGAGGAGGGUCGCCAGCUGGGCCGUGUCCUUUGAGCGUCUCCUGCAGGACCCCCUCGGUGUGCGGUACUUCUCUGAUUUUCUAAGGAAGGAAUUCAGUGAAGAAAACAUUUUAUUCUGGCAGGCCUGUGAAUACUUUAAUCAUGUGCCCGCACACGACAAAAAAGAGCUCUCCUACAGGGCCCGGGAGAUUUUCAGCACGUUCCUGUGCAGCAAGGCCACCACACCUGUCAACAUCGACAGCCAGGCCCAGCUGGCAGACGACAUUCUCAGCGCCCCGCACCCCGACAUGUUCAAGGAGCAGCAGCUCCAGAUUUUCAACCUGAUGAAGUUUGAUAGCUACACGCGCUUCCUGAAGUCCCCGCUGUACCAGGAGUGCAUCCUGGCCGAGGUGGAGGGCCGCUCCCUCCCCGACUCCCAGCAGGUGCCCAGCAGCCCGGCCUCCAAGCACAGCGUCAGCUCGGACCACUCCAAUGUGUCCACGCCAAAAAAGCUGACUGGGAAAUCGCGGUCAGGACGGUCCCUGAAUGAAGACCUGGACGAGGACAGCGAGCGGAAGCGGAAGGGAGUGUUUUUCUCCUGGUCCAGGACCAGGAGCACCGGGCGGUCCCAGAAGAAGAAGGGCCACGGGGACCACACAAACGACCCCCCGCACGCCAACGGAGGCCUGGGCCGCCGGGAGUCACAGGGCUCCGUGUCCUCCGCCGGGAGCCUGGACCUGUCAGAGGCCUGCAGGACGCUGGCGCCCGAGAGGGACAAGGCCGCCAAGCACUGCUGCAUCCAGCUGCCCGACGGGACGUCCUGCACGGUUCUCGUCAGGGCGGGGCUCCCCAUCAAGGAGGUCCUGGCCGGACUCUGCGAGCGACACGGCAUCAACGGGGCCGCCGUGGACCUCUUCCUGGUGGGCGGGGACAAGCCCCUGGUGCUGCAUCAGGACAGCAGCAUCUUGGCGUCUAGGGACCUGCGCCUAGAAAAGCGGACUUUGUUUCGGCUGGACCUGGUUCCCAUUAACCGCUCGGUGGGACUCAAGGCCAAGCCCACCAAGCCCGUCACGGAGGUGCUGCGGCCCGUGGUGGCCAAGUACGGCCUGCACCUGAGCGAGCUGGUGGCCAGGCUGAGUAGCGAGAGGGAGCCCCUGGACCUCGGCGCCCCCAUAUCGAGCCUGGAUGGACAGCGGGUCAUCUUGGAGGAGAAGGAACCCCUCCAGAGGGAAAGGGACCUGCGGUGGCCCUGGUGGUGGCUCCUCCCCUGGGGAAAGCAGAGUGGGUCCUGGCCGGCCCUGGUCCAGGAAUGCCUGCUCCGUGCUCCUCCCGCCUGCUCAGGGCCAGCCCAG